CUAGGGUGACGUUUUUUGUCAGAACCCUGGGCGGCAUGGACCUCGCUCGGCUGUGGGUGCUGCUGGCCCUGGUCACCGUGGCCUGGGGCCAGUAUGGUGACUACGGGUACCCCUACCAACAGUACCAUGACUACAGCGAUGACGGGUGGGUCAACCUGAACCGGCAAGGCUUCAGCUACCAGUGUCCCCACGGGCAGGUGGUGGUGGCCGUGAGGAGCAUCUUCAACAAGAAAGAAGGCUCGGACAGACAGUGGAACUAUGCCUGCAUGCCCACACCCCAGAACCUCGGGGAGCCCACGGAGUGCUGGUGGGAGGAAAUCAACAGAGCUGGAAUGGAGUGGUACCAGACGUGCUCCAACAAUGGGCUGGUGGCGGGGUUCCAGAGCCGCUAUUUUGAGUCCGUGCUGGAUCGGGAAUGGCAGUUUUACUGCUGUCGCUACAGCAAGAGAUGUCCAUAUUCCUGCUGGCUGACCACAGAAUAUCCAGGCCACUAUGGGGAAGAAAUGGACAUGAUUUCCUACAAUUACGACUACUAUAUGCGAGGAGCGACCACCACCUUCUCUGCGGUGGAAAGGGAUCGCCAGUGGAAGUUCAUAAUGUGCCGAAUGACCGACUAUGACUGUGAAUUUGCGAAUGUUUAGAGCUUCCACCUACCAAAUCUGGGCGAGGGGAAUGGGGCCAGGAGACCGGAGGAUGUCCACACAGGUCCACGUCAGCUGGAGCUCCAAAGCGGUUUCUGCUGCCUUUUCCUUCUCCCUGAGCUGGUUAGUGGCCACAGCGCCAGCUUUCUGGGCCUUCCUGACUAGUAUCACACUACUAAUAAAAUCCACAAUUAAAUCGUGUUCUCACUUUCCGCACGUUCCAUAGCAACCGUUUCACGUGACUGACAAUGGCUUUCUUGCACACUGCAUAUACAGUGGGCAUGCUCACAGCCGCAAAAAUGCCUGGUUCCAGGAGCACCUGUCACCGCCUCCCUACGGCUUUUACUACCAAAUGAGCUGCAGGCAGGCCCGGGGCUGAGUGCUGUCUAUGAAGGGGUUCAGUGGAGGGGAGUGAAUGACAGAAACUGAAGAGGGGGGCAGGGAAGGUCUUGGCAGCUCAGUCUGUUUGGAUGAAACCCAGGGUCCUCAGCAAGCCUUGAGGGGAUAUGCUUCCACUCUGCCCCUCCACAUAAACCAGGCUUGUCUGGAAGUCCAAGUGCAGCGCUCUGCGCUCCAGGAGGGAGGAGACAGGGAGGUAAAAUGGGGAGAUGAGAGGGUCUGGGGCAGAGCUAAAAGACCUAGCAUUGGAAGAAUCUUCUGAGUGGGAGGAAGGUUGUUGGCAUACCUCUGAGGUAUGACAAUGGUAAUGACAGUGACGCAGAAACCAGAGGAACGCGUGCAAAUCUGGCUCGAGUCAGACAAGUACAAGGAAGGAGACAGAGACCAGAGCAUGGGACUCGAGUCAGGAACUUGAGAGGGAAAAAAAAAGAGUGGCCAGGUUGUUUGGGGAAUAGAAGAGAGGGUUUGAGCCCCUGGCACCCGGACAUAUGGCCAGGACUCCUGGGAAGGCUGGCAUAUGCCCUGUAGCCAUGGGAGUUACUGGAAAACUCACCUGGAUUGGUCCCGAUUUUCCAGCUGGGAAAGGCGGCCCUGGGACUCCAUUUCUCUUCUGUGUACAGUUUAGGGGUGUUUUCUGCAGAGGUGACACUGUCUUUCCUCUUCCUCUGAUGCCUCUGUCCCCAGCCCUCUGUACUCUCUUCAUCAUAAAAGAAAUAAAAAUGUUAACAUUCACUGCG